GGGGGAGGGAGAGACGGGGAGCUUCACAUGUGGUUAGUAAUGAACCUUGCCGAAGGAUACACUUCCUGAUCUUAGAAAUAUUGAGUCACCGUCCCAUGGGGGAAGGCUCAACCUUCGUUCUUACAUAGCUGAGUUUCAUGGUGCUCUGAAGGAACCUCUUUAACGGCCUGCACUCAUGGCCCCUGUCAAACUGUUUGUUUCCCCCCAAGUCAAUUCCAGAUUGGAAGUCCAUGGCACAAUACACCUACAUGUACCUUGGCAGGCCCAGGGCUAAAUGCAGUGUGGUGUGCAGAUCGUGUUUCUUGUCUGGCCCACCAAGGAGGGACACCACAGUAGUACUGGCGAGCCAAGGUUGUGGACCCCAGGGUGUGUAGCUCUUGUGCUGUGAUCAGGUAGUGGACAGGGAAUUUGUCUGUCUUGAGGGGGUCUGGUCAUUUGUUGCUGUGGGGCUGGGGAGGGCCUUAUCCCCAUGCACAGGCUGCAUGGAUACAUCAUCAGAAUACGCCCUGUGCAAUCAGCAGAUAUGUUCCUUGUGGCUCGUGUGGAACCAAAGUGGACUGACUUAAACCACAUGCAGCAGGGUGAGCCUUGAUAAGCACUCUUGGAGUAACCACACAGACCUGAUGGCCGACUGGAUACUUACUGCACAUGUGCUUGACCUCCAUGACAUGACCAAGACCACAGUGAUCCUGUGGCAAGAAUGUUUGUUGCAAACCUGGAAGCUGUGUACGUGUACUCGCCUGUCAGUGAACUUGUCAGAGAUGCCGAGGGAUGGUUGUAAAGGAAAUGCAUAGUGCCACCUGCUCAUUUCCUGAUGCUGGGCUACGGGUAACACCUAAGCCUUGAGGUGAUCAUAUUGUGUCCCCUCUGGAUUCUGCUCGGGUGAUUAGAGAGUACAUGCUUCUGCCGUUGUAAUCCCAGAAAAACUGUGGCUCCUCCAUGAUGCUGUGGGAAUGGUUCAUGUGGAAUUUUACAAAGCUGGGCAAGAAAGCAUCUGGAAACGCCGACAUUGAAACGAUCCAGUUCUGAUCCAAAUCUAGCAGACAGCGACGACAUGCUGAAGCGCAAGCAGAUUGCAAUGACCUUCCCAGGUCUCUUCCAUCUGAAGAAAGGGUGGCUGGUCAAGCAGGGCGAUGGGGAACAGGACUGGAGCAAGCAUUGGUUUGUGCUUUGUGACAACAAGCUAAGCUACUUUAAAGACUCAAGUGACGAAGAUCCUGAUAAUUUGGAAGGAGUCAUAGAGCUGGCGAAAUGCAUUGAGGCAUCUGAGACACCAGUCAGCAGAAAUUAUGGCUUCCAGAUUGAGCUUGACACUGGGGUGAUCAUCCUGGCUGCGAUGACAUCAGGCAUCCGUAACAACUGGGUAGGAGCCAUCAACAAAGCCAUCAAGACAGCUCGGGAGGACAGUGCCAAGAAAAGCGGGGAGUCCACCACACCACUGAAGGAGAACCAGGCCCUGCCCGCCAGGAUCACCAAGCCCAACUCCCUGCCCAUUUCCAAGAGCACCUCAGACAUCCGGCCAAAAGAACAGCGGUCCUCGCCCCUGCAGCCGGCUCGGAAGAGCCUCAAUGGUGCAGACUUGCUGCCCACCACCAGUCGGAGCCUGACACAGACUGACGGCAAGGUGGGCACCCCUUCCCCGGGGGAACCAAAGCCGCUCUUGGAGAGGAAGUCUAGCACACAGUCCCAGUCCACCAAGGCCCCAUCCCUUGAAACCCUUCCACCACACUCGGGCAAGCCUGAGGGUAGGCGGAGCUCUGUCUCCAAACCCUCAUCCUCAGAAUCAAGACCCCGCCGAGGUUCUGUCACCAAAGAAGGGAGCAGCACAGAGGCCAGGCGGAACUCUGUCACCAAAGAGCCUGGGAUUGUUACUGACGGCAAACAGAAGCAUUCCUCUCCCACGAAGGAAAAUUCAGGCUCGGACUCAUCAAAAUCCAAGGAGAAAUCCAAGGAAAGGCGACAGAGGCGAGGGUCACGGUCAGAGAGAAGAUCCCGCGAAGAAAGUACGGCAGCCGUCACUGCUGCCCUGUCAAAAAGGACUGCAAACACAGACUCUAAGCAGAGUACCACUGCCAGGAAGUCCAGGAGUAGCUCGCAGACGGAGGAACCUGUCACAUCUUCCCCAAACUCUGAGCAGGACAUUUCCCCUCGAUCCAGGGCCGACUCUGAAAGCAAAAAGCGGCCAGCUACCGUAGACACCACUGUAAUGUCACUUCUUGAGCAAGAGGUGGACACCCUGAAAGCACAGCUGGAGCAAAAGCAGCAGGACUGUGUCCGCCUGCAGCAUGAAAAUGUCAACCUGAAAGCCAAGCUGAACUCGGAGCAGAGGGACCACAAGGAGAGCUUCCAGGACCUUGAGAACGAGCGGUCGGGCUACAUGACCCAGAUAGAGCAAAUGGAAGGGAUUAACCAGAAGUUACAGACUGAGCUGCGACAGUCUAAGAAUGCUACCCAGCAACUUGAGCAGCAGAACCAGCAGCUGGACGGCCAAGUCUCCACUCUCAAGACCGAGGCCCUUGGACGGGACCAAGACCUGGCAUCCCUAAAAGCUCGAUUUGAGGACAUUGUCCGGGACCUGACAGCCAGCAAGGAGGAGAAUGCUCUGACCCGUGCCGAGCUGAAGGCCGAGCGUGAGCGCAGCGAGACCCUCGAGACUGAUUUAACCGACACCUGGGUGAAGCUUAGGGAGAGCGGAAGUGAAGGAGUCGACGUGGAUGUUGUGGAAGAAUUGUCACUGAAACUCGAUGAAGCUCGAAUGAGGUUGGAGAGGAGCGAAAGUGAUGCUGUUGAGAACGAAAAGAAAUUUGAGGAGCGCUUAAGUCGCAUGGAGAACCAGCAUCAAACAGAGAGUACUGCUUUGCAGGAAAGGCUUCGGGCAGCUUUGGAUGAGACCAGUGAGCUCCGAAAGAGAGUCGCAGAAAAGACUGAACAGAUUCAAAAGACAGAAGCUGCCAUUGAAAAAGCAGGACAGACUGACAAACUGUCUUUGGAGACAAAUGCCAGAGUAGCCGAACUCGAAGGUGCCAUUCGGGAACUGAAAUCCUGUUUAAAAAGGGAGGUUGCAGCAAAAUCUGAAGUGCAGAAAAAAUAUGAUGAUUUACUAGCUCAGUCAGCUCACCAGUUUCUUGAAGGACAGGGUGAUUUGGCCUCCACAGGGAGUGAUGACAAUGCCGUUAGGCUGGAAACCGAAUUGGAUCUGGCUGAAAGAGAACUUGAGAAACUGAAAAAGCAAAAUGUGGUGGACAAGGAGCAAAGGGCAUCACUUGAGAAAGCCCUGGAGAGAGAGCAAGGUCUCAGGAAACAGAUGGAAGAGAAAAUGAGUCUUUCAACUCAGGAAAGUGGCAGCUCAAAGGUUGACAUUGAACAAAAGAGUUCGGAGAUUGCAAGCCUCCGCGAGGAAUUGAAAAAGGCCAAGAAGGAGCGAGAGGCAGUCAACUUAGUGCGGAAACAACUUGCAACAGCUGUUGACAGGUUAAAUAACCAGUUAGCUGAAAAGGAGAGCAAGUUGGAAACUCUUAGUGCUGAAGUAGAAACCCGCGGCAGUCAGAAUAGCCAGCUCGAGCAGCAGUUGCAAGUCAGCCUGUCCAAGGGGUUAAAUUUGCAAAGCAAAGUGGAGACUUUGGAAGCAGAUUUGCAACAAGCUUCAGAGAAGAGAGACGCAGAUGCUAGUGCUCAAUUGGAAGCACUCCAAGCUGAACAUCGGCAGCUGAAGCGGCAAAUAGGCAUCCUGGAGGAGCAGCAUGCACUGGAGAUGCACAAUCGACAGAGUGAGCUGGUGACAGCAGGAGACCGCAUCAACAGGCUUGAGGAAAAAGUGGUCGUGCAGGAGACGAAGCUGAAAGCGGCAACGGAACGAGCCGAUCGGAUCGAGGAUGACGCUGCAGCCAACAUACUGGACAUGCAAAAAGAGGAGGAGCUGCUGAGGUCCAAGUGCGAGCGCAGUGAAAAAGAGGUCAAACGUCUCCGAGGGGAACUCCAUGCUGCACAGGAUAACUACGAUGAGCUGGAGCUCCAGUUCAUCACGCAGCGGGAGGACCUGAAGAGGAUGGAGAAGGAGCACGAAAAGGAGAUUGGGCAGAUUGGGUACAGGAUCCAGGAUCUUACCAGCAAGUUGGCAGCAUCGGAGCGAAAGGUGAGAGAUCUGAAGGGGGUAGAUCACAGAAAUAGGGCAAAAGGUGGAGUGGGGGCAGCUGGUGGGAUGGGAAUGCAGCUAACCCAAACUCGGCAGAUGGAAAAUAAACUGAAGGAGCUGGAGUCCAAAUUGGGGGAUGUAGAAAGUACUUUGCAGGACCAAGAUCAGGACACCACCAGCCUCCUGGGCAAGAUUGUCUCAGUAGAGCAGCAGGUCCAGGCUAGGGCCCAGCUGCCUUCAACAAGCAGCUGUGCAGAUACUGAGCAUCCCCUGCAAUCCCAGGUAGUACAGCCACUCUCUCGUGGCUCUUCUGCUGCCAGUGCACCCUGUGAUAGUGUCUCGACAUCAGGUGCGGAUCUCUCUGAGGACUCUGAAUCAACUGAGGGUGCUGCAUCACCAGGCAGGGCAAAGCAGACUUUCCGAGCCCGAUACCUGGAGACCAAACUGAGCGGAACAGAGGAGAAGCUGAAGGAGGUGACCAGAAAGCUAGUUGAUGUGACCACACGUGAAUUAGAGAUCCGGAAGACCUACCAGGAGAAAAGUGUCUCUGAGAGCCGGUUGAAGGAGAGGUUGAAGGUCAUGGAGCGUGAGGUGGAGGCAGUGACCAAGGAGCUCCAACAGGCGAGGAACAACGGUGACUUGGUGCUGCAGGAGAAGUCUCACCGGGAGAUCUUGGAGGAGAUGAGACGAUCACACAACCAGGAGAUCAAGGCGCUUGAGGAGGAGAAAGAGAAGGAACUGGACGAAGAGCGAAAAGCCACCAAAAUCACCAUUGCAAUGAUGAAGAAAACCCACAAGGAUGAGUUGGAGAAGGAGAAACAGAUGCUCCGACAGAUGCUCUCCAAGGAGGGAGGUGCACCCCUCCCGCCCCUGGCCAAGAAGGACAAGAAGCAUGUCAAGCCCUCCAAACGAGCCACCGGUAUAACAGCUCUGCACAAGGCCCACAAGCAGGAACUGGAGCAGCAGCGUGCUGACAUGCUGCAGAAUGUAUCCAAUGAUGUGGAAGUGGUCAUGAAACGACACAGGGAGGUAAUCACCAAGAUGGACCAGGAGUGGCAGAUCAUCUCAGACAAGUUCACCCAUGUCUGUGCGGAGAACAACAGCCUCAAGAAGCAGGUAGAGACUCUGCAGAAAAGCCUCUCUGAGAGCCUGCAGGAGCUGAAGUCCUGGCGGGCUCAGGUCCGCCAGCUGAUUGGCCAGAAGGCAGAGGACAUGGCGGCCUUGAAGGAGCAGAUUGGAGAAGGGAGCAGGGGAGGCAGUGAUGGGGAUGAGGGUGGGAACCAGGAGGAUUGGGGAGUGGACAGCAACGACAAUGAGAGGAACCCCUUGCAGGUGUUGCUAAGAUUUCGGGAAGCUGAAUUGAAGUGCACCAAUGAUGAGAUUAACCAGCUUACAGAGGCUGUAGAAAAGGCUGAAAGGCAACAGACCAAAGUGCUGGAGCAGAAUGUGUUCCUGGAGGGGCAGCACCAGUCACAAGAGGAGCACAUCAAGCAGCUGAUGGUGGCCCUGGAGGAGCUACAGCACCAGGUGGAGGUGGUGCGCACCAGCGGGGAGGGCCAAGCUGCCCAGGACCAGGUGGCAGAGACGGAAGCGGCAUCAGCGGCCAGAUCCGGGCACGGCAGCGGCGAGGCCAAGCAAGACGUCAGGCUCAGGUCAUGGAUUCCGUUCCUGAAGAGAGAGCGAAGUGACUCGACUGGAAAAGGAUCCAGAAGAAGGGCCGGGUCUGAUGGGACCCAGUCAGCUGCCAAACUCAAGAAGGGUGCUGCCACGACAGAAUGAACUCUGGAAAUCUCAGACUGAAAUCUUGGACAACUCUCACCGACCGACCAACCUGCAGAGGAAUCCUAAGGAUGGCACGCGUCAAGGCCCCAUAUAUGUAGGAGAAACUUGUCAGCAUGCAUGGCCUGCCCUUGGUUCUUUGUGCCAGGUCUCCAAGGACCCGUAAAGAUGAUGCCUGUCGCUCACCAGAGACUGCCUCAGCGUAGGCACCGGUUGUCCCUGUAUCGGGAAAGGAUAGAGGGGAGGGAUGAAAUAUGGAGGGUAGGGGUUGAUCAGAAGUGUGUAUUCUCACGAUCUGUGACAACCAACGUCCACGUAGUAGAGCUGACCAAUGCCAUUGUGAAAGACAAUGUUGAAUAUAAUUUUUGUUUUCCAAAGCAAUUUAGAAAGCUUGUUUGUAAUUUCUACCUCAAGUCGGAUGCCAGAUGAAAGCAACUGAUGAGUGCCUUGAUUUCAAAGUUGGGGGAAGAACUUUGGAAAUGCCGCUGGGUGCAUGCCUCGUGAUUUUGAUGCUGGUUGCAGUUACUUUAAGGAAAUCAUUCAAUCUUAGCAGUGCCCUGCGAGUGGCUUUAUCUCCAUUUAUCUUAGUCCUGGGGAAAUAAGAUCACCUGUCUGAAUGUUAUGCUUAUCUGGCAGUGAUCACGUGCACUUCUUUAAGCCACUGGGCAGUCACCGGACAUGUGUAAUGUUAUAGUCACAACUAUGCAAGUCAAAUGAAGUCGGGUAAAGAAAUAACAGCAAAUACUUCUAGGGCACUGCUAAGGAUAAGGAAAAUUGCAUAGUUUGAAAGCCACUUACUGUCGCUGACAUAUUUGUAUGUCACCAGGACAAGCGGUCUGCUCCUUCUGCCAUUUGUUCCCUCCAAGUGCAGUGCUAAAUUGAAAAUAAACAUCCAUGAUCGUAAUCCUAUACACUAUCACCUUGUCAAACGAGCACAAAAUCUUGUAUACGUCAUGGGUAAAUAAAGAUGUUAUUGGUUUUAGUGUAAAUUUGGAUCAACUAUUUUUAUCAUUGUAAAACACAGUUCUUUGAGGAGGACUUCAUGUGAAUGUACGUACAGCAGUUGGAGUUGGCAAUUCCUUCUUGUGAGUCGGCUUAAUUGGUUGGUUGGUCAUGUUGUUUAUCAUGAAAUGUUAUUUGAAUAAUUACAACAGUGUGCUUACUGAACAGACAUCAUUCUUUGUUAGUCACAUUGAAACUGUUUAAGCAGGGUGUGAUUUUAAAAUUAAUUUCGUCCAGAAGGGGUGGGGAGAGGGAAUUUUGGGUAUUUUGCCCAAGUUCCGUCUCCAUAUUGGGUUGUUUCAUGGUCAGAAAUAAUACAACAGGGCCAGAGCCAUUGGUUUGGCUUUAGGGUCGCAGAGUGCUACUGGAACUAAGGCUUUGUUCAAAUUACUUGGCUGCGGCUUGAAGUUACACGCAAUUCUAUGGCAGUGGCUGCAGUCACUUUGCUUGGAGUCGUGCGUAUGUGUAAAUUUCAAGCUGCAGCCUAGCAAUUCAUCUAGGCAUAUGAAGGGAGCUGAAACUUAGGUCUGGGGUUUGGGAAAAGAGACGCUUCAAUCUUGUUCCCAGAAUAGAAAUAAGUAUCCACCAAAUCUAUGCUGUAAGUUACCAGUCUAAAUGUGCGAAAGGCUUGCUGUUGGAUUUUGUAGACCUGCAUGAAGAUAUAGCCCAAGGGUGUUUGUCAGUGCCUGGCUUUGUCUCCAUCUGAGGCUUUGUCGCUGAAAUCAAAACCGGUUGUGGACCCAUAAUGUUCAAAUUAAGUAAAAAAUAGUACAUCUGUGCUUGGAUCGAUAACUUGUAUUCUGAUAUGCCAUUAUUGAGCUAAUGCCUUUAAAGUCGGGGGCCAAAAACCAUGCAAAGCUUGAGAUGGAGCCGGGUAUUGGCACACUCCCUGUGUGUCAAUGUCAUACUAAGUUAUUUGUCAAGGAUUGUGAAGGAGAAGAGGGUUUAGCUGUAUGCAGAUGACCAUAUAGCAAUUCGCAGUGCUUUGUUUUGCAAGCAUCUUCUAUUUCUGUACAUUAUGCCUAGUGACUGUUCUUCUCUAUGCAACGAGUCAGUCUAGAACAAUCAGUUAGGACCAAACAAGGGCACAGAAGCUUGUUUUGGUUUGGUCAUAGUGUUUCCCAGUCAGCGAAUCAGAUUGCUUUUGUUACCAGCAUACUGCAUUCACUCCAUCCGGAUAAAGUGCUUGAGCACGUAGGUAAUGAUCUCGCGUCAGUUCAUUUUUAAAUGUCCAACGUGAAUUUAGGUGGCAGUUUUUAGCUCGCAUCCGCUCGGUUUUGUUUUACGCUUUUUUACAUGAGAGUUCGACCAGUUUUGAGUUUCAAGAGAAAGAGCUAGCGCUGUAGCCUAGCGUAUUAGUAAUUUGUACAGAAAUACAGCCGUAAACUGUGCCUUGGAAGGGUUUUUGUGCUAAUAUAUUUUAUAUAAAAAAGAGUUGCUUCCAUAAAUGAAUCAUGUUUUUUAAUGAGAUAAAAUGUUUGUAUUCUUCACGUGUUAUGUGGUAGUUACAUGCAAUGUGCUAUCGUGGUUGUUGUUAGCAACAUGUAUGUCGGGAGGAGGGGGGAAUAGGGUAAAAUGACAGGGAAAUGGGCGGGAUAUGUCCCUGGACCAUCAUAGAGGAGCCUUGAAAACACAUUCAUAAAUACCUGAGACAGUUUAGCCAUUGUUUGUUGUUGAGAGCCCAUCGGACAGCCGGUCUUAAAUGGUUGAUAGAGCACCAGCAGGCUGUGUACCAAUCUCAGGAGAUUGUUUAUAACAACUUACAAGAGGAACACACCAUGACAUGGCUAGAGCAAUGUUUGAAAAACUUGUUUUCUUCCGAAACAUACUCAAAAUGAUGACUGGGAAUAAAUAUGUGCUUCGUCAGUCUUGAAUGUCAUUUAUGACCUGCUCAGGAGAAUGGGUGCUGAAAAUGCCUGAGCCCAAGGCGAGGGGCAAUAUCAGAAUCCAUUCUCUGAGUUGGUCUUAGUCAAUGUUUUUGACAGGCCAAGCGCAUGUCCUAGUAAUAAAAUUGUGUCAUCUACAUUUUGCAGGUGUUUCUUGAAAGGCUUCCCAGAAAAUGGGUGGGGAGUUCAAACAGCAGCCUGUUUCCAAAGACCUGUUACAGUUUAAUCCUUUGAGAUACAUAUGUCCAGUGCUCUAGCAACACUUGUAUCAAUCCAAUCAAUGCAUAUUUUCAAUUAUAUUCAUUCUUUUCUGUUGGUAUGCAUGAGCUAACUUGCCAAAAUGCAGGGUUUUCCUUUCCAUAGCAGGGCAUGGGUUUUUACUUCUGAUGUCCAGUGUUGUCGUCAUACCAUCUCAAGGCCAGACACAAGACCAUUCACAGGGUCAGUCACAAGUUACAGCGUGAAUGACAAGGGGAUGCAUGUGUUGCAUUUCAUUUGAAUAGCUUGUGAUUUAAUUUAAAUACAGACUGGAGGUCUUGUGUUGGCCUCUUUGAUGGACUUGUGGGGUCUUGCUGAGGUUAAAGGGGGCCGACGACCAUACUACUAAUUUGGUUCAAUGGUUUUUUCUAUUUCUCAUAAAAAAAGCACAUCGUGCAUAAGUUCUGGGCAGGAAAGCUUAGGAAGGAUGAACAGAAGGUUUUCAUGCCUUCAGUAUGUGGAAAGAAGAAUCCUUAACCUGGAACAUUUGUAAGGUCAGAAUGAUAUUAAUGAAGGUAUACUUCUGUCUGUUUUGUGCCCAUGAUAUUGAUUUGUAUUUGGUUGGUUCUUGAUAUGAAAUGUUGCUGAAACUUCUAGUCCACCACUACAAAACCGAAAGACGAUUAACCCAGCAUUCUACCUUUAUAGGCAAACAUUCAAUUUCACAAGCUUGAAUGGCAAAUUAUAUUCUGAAAUUGUGAAAUGAAUCUUAAGAAUUUUUUUAGUAGUGUUGUGCUUUCAGUAAGUCUAAAUUUUAAAAACUCUACUCCUGUUUUGGAUGGUUUCGGAAAUCUAAAAGGGCUUAUUUUACCCUCGCCACCCUCAGUUUAUUCACCCAAUUUCAUCUUGGAAUGUGUCAACUGAAAUUUAUUCAAAUGGUAAGAAAAGCCAUCACCUGUGGGGGAAGAUGCCUUGUAACUUGUAAUAGGCUUCUUAAUGUGAAGGAACACCACAUUUGUUUUAGUGAUGCUUAAAUCGAGGUGACGGCUAAUUUGUGUAUUCAGGUUGUCUUGGUUUGGAGAUUUCCACGUUUACCUUGUCCGACGGACGUAAUACUUUAAUAUAUAAUGCAUAUUUCAGGCUGUUCUCUGUGUUUGUUAUCAAGCUUUAAAAGGUAGAAAUUCGUUCAAUAUACAUGUUGAAAUCCUUGAAUCUACUUUAGGAGAGAGAAGUUUUGUAUAGAAGUAGAGCAUGUAUUGAAUAGGGUAAAAUACUAAUUGUUAAUACACUCGCAUGCGGGCAUUGUUCCAUUUAGAUUUUUUUUUUACUACUUUAGUUAACUUAUUAAUAGACGCCAAGGAGCAAAUUGCCUGAAUUGUUUAAUAAUCAGGUUUCUUUUUUUUUUUUUGGUUUGUUUUUCAAGUUAUACACUCACAUUUAAUAUAGAUAUAACAGAUUGUGUCUCACUUGUCUUGUAUUUAUGCUUAACUUUCAAAGAAAAUAGUAAAUUACUACCCAUAAUUUCAUAAGAACAUGUAUACAAUUGUAUUAAAAUGCAAAUCAAAUGAAA